UGUAUUAUAUUUUGUUACUACAUACAGGUUCGCCGAGGUGAUGUUUUAUCAGCCUGGGCUGGCAUCAGGCCUCUAGUUCAAGACCCCAACAAGACAGAUACUCAGAGCAUUGCCAGAAAUCACAUUGUUCAUGUUAGUGAAUCUGGACUGAUUACUGUUGCAGGGGGAAAGUGGACAACAUAUCGCUCAAUGGCGUUAGAUACACUAGAUGCAGCAAUUAAAGCAUGUAAUUUAACAGCACUUCAUCAAGAAUCACAGACAGAUGGGCUACUUCUAGAAGGGGCUCACCAGUGGACUCCCACAAUGUUCAUCAGACUUGUACAAGACUUUGGCUUAGAAUCAGAAGUGGCAAAGCACCUAGCUCACACAUACGGAGAUAGAGCAUUCAGUGUGGCCAAGCUUGCAUCUCUCACUGGAAAGCGAUGGCCCAUUGUUGGGCGUCGUCUUCAUAGUGAAUUCCCAUAUAUUGAUGCAGAGGUUCGAUAUGCCUGUCGUGAGUAUGCUGCCUCAGCCAUUGAUGUCAUAGCCAGACGACUGCGACUAGCGUUUCUUAAUGCUCAAGCAGCAGAAGAAGCCUUACCUACCAUUGUUAACAUAAUGGCAGAAGAAUUAAAAUGGUCUGAAAGAGAAAAGAAGGUACAGUACAGUUAUAAACCAUUGUGUAUUAUAGUUGUCCCUUCAAAUUCAUGGGCUUCCUUAUUUGUGAGGUCAGUUAUUUUUUAUUUUAGCCAUUUUCUCACAAGGUAGGGUAACCUAAAGAAGGAAACAUUCACCAUCAC